AUGAUUAUUCCGGUUAGAUGUUUCAGUUGCGGAAAGGUAAUUGGCAACAAAUGGGAGCAAUUUCUAGCUCUAGUCAAGGCUGACAAAACUGAGAGAGAAGCACUGGAUGAACUGGGCCUUAAGAGAUAUUGCUGCAGGCGAAUGGUCCUCACUCAUGUCGACCUCAUUGAAAAACUACUCCAGUACGUGGCUUAUUGCGUGCUGUUUUUGCAACCCACCACACAGUAG